AAAAGAGUGAGUGAGUGAGUAAUACUUAUUGCGUCGAUAAGUUCCCGGGGUAACUUCGUAAAUGUAACAGCCGUGGGCCCGUGCGUGCGAAUUUCUCUGCCUCCGUCCUGUGACAAAAACUCUUCAUUUUGGCGGUGACGGAUCAGCUGUUACUGUAAGCAAGUGUUGCAAGUGUGGUCCAGAGAUUUCUCGCACCCUCAGUGACAAAUGUGCAACGUUUUACAAAAUACCAAACCUGGACAUGUUUUCGGAAGAUUCUCGUCUUGUAUAUCUUUCCACCUUUGCUUCGUUGGGACGUAAAACUCACACGAGAUCAGAAUCUACUUUCUUGCAAUAAUUAGCUAACGUACUAUUUGUUCUACGUAUAAUGUUUGAAUUAUUUAUAAUUAUAAGAAAGUUUAUAUUCAUCAAAAAGAAGGCAUAGUACUUAUUCUUGAGACUGUUUGCUUGUUAAUUUUGAAGAAGUAAAGUAAACAAACCACUGAAUUAUGUCAACAAGUGUAGAUUUGAGAAAUUAUUAACAUUAUUUAUGCUAAAGGGAAUAAGCACAAACUUUAGGAGUUCUGUGAGAAGAAAUAUUGCUUUAAAAUUGUUCAUAAUGAAGUGUCAGGGAAAAUAUUCCCUUUUACAUCUAUUUUUUAUUCUUUACUUAUUUGUUACUGUUCUUGGCACUGACAACAUUUAUGAACAAGUCUCUGGUUAUGUCCAAGAUUCAGAUUAUGUUGAUCCUAAUUCUUUCUAUUACAACCGUCAUUCUCAAAGAGUAAAAAUAUCUAGAAACUAUGAAUCAAUAGGUUCAAAGGAUAAUCAGUUAACACAACAUGGUGCUACAUAUCAAUCAUGUAACGAUAAUCCAUAUGAAGUAUUCUCUAGACGAUUAGUGAAUAUGAUUAUUUUAAAAUCAAACUUUAAGUUGAAUGGUGAUAUAGCAUUGGGGAAGCUAGUGCUGGAAGCAACAGUUGAAGAAUUGGAACUUCUCAAAUUUUAUGGAGAAGGAAAACUUUCUAUCAGACAAAUAGAUGAUAUACUCACUAAUGUUAUUCGUUCCCCUGAAAUAAGUUUCUUUGAUGAAGCUUUGAAUUUUACAGAUAAAAUAUCAAUAUAUCUAUAUCAAUAUAGGAUAAUUUUUGGGUAUAUACUUGUUGUGUUGUUUACAAUUAUCGUUACCUUUAAAGUACAAUGGACAGGAUUUAGAAUUCUUUUACUAUUGUUUACUGUCAUUGUAAUAGUUAGUUUCAUGCUGACUUGGUGGGAACUUCUUCAGGAAGCUGAUAUAAAAUUACAAGCCCAAAGGAGUAUUUAUAACACUAUGCCUGAUGAGUGUAGACAAGACAAAAUUAGUUUUUUGAAAUCAGUGUUGUUAUUUUUGGGCAUACGAAAAGGAGAUUGUUUCAGAUAUUAUGAAGCAGUCAUGACAGAUACUGUAUUAAAAGUAACACCACUACAUGUAAUUUCUCACAUGUUCUCAAAGUUUCUCUUUUAUCCUUUAAGCAUAGCUAGUCAUUAUUUAUCCGAUUUUGUGGAAGGCAUGACAAAAGAUCUACCAUUUCCAUUCAAUAACAUUGCAAAGCUAAUGUUAGUUAUAUUCAUGCCAACUCUUCUUGGCGCAUUAUUGAUAGUCUAUUUUGGAGGGUCAACAGGACUAAAAAUUGGACCUUUAUUUCACUUAUAUCUUCAUAGUAGUAAAACGGAAAAUCCAGAAAUUAAAACAGAAAAUGUUAAUAGACAAGCUAUCGAAGUCAUAAAAACUGAUUUAGCAGAACUUAAAACAAAUAUUUCUGCGAAUACUAAUUCGCUGGGACUGCCAAGACAGAAUUCAAUGAAACAAAUUAAAACGGAAACACAAACAGAAGUUGUUCCAAGGAAAGUGGAAAAACAAGAAGAUACCAUCACCAAUAGUGAUGAAUUUUCAGAAGAAAAAGAACAUGAAAAUAUUUUAAGAAUAUGCCUGGAAGAAGAAAUAAAGGAAAAGACAACUCCUAGUGUUAUUAGUGAUAUUUCUAAAAAUGAAACUUCAAAAAAAGAAAACGAAUCGGUGGAAAGCGUAAAAUUGUUAAGAAACAAAUCAUCUCUUGAUGUUGAAAGUAAAAAUGAUUAAAAAGUGAAUUUUUUUAUAUAGAAAAAUAUGACAUUCACAAUAUUUAGUCGGAAACUGUUAGAAAUAAUUAUUUGAAGCGAAUAAUUUACUACUAAAUAUUCAAGAAGUAUUUUGUAAAGACAUUUGGCCUUUCCGCUGUCAAUUAAUCCGAUUAAGCGCUUAUGCACGACAUGCGAUGACGGUGGUAGCGCCUUCUCAAUUCCAUCUAUGCGUACACGUUAGUCUGGUUUAGGCACGGUCAUGGUAGGACUGAGUUUCAUCCCACGACUUGGCGUCCCUCUCACCAGAAAGCUUAACCCUAUCUUCUCGAACAAUUGAGUUCGAGAAUAAGCAUGAAUUUCUCGCACGACCUUUCUUAUUUUCUUUUUUUUUUUCAAAGACGGGCCUAGCCUUCUUUUCUCGAUCGAGCAAUAAAGUACGUUUUGUCUAUACAUAGCUAUUUGCUCUCGACAUUUUCUCAUUCUAUCUUUAUGAUUUUCAGAGCGGCAACGUGAGCGUUAUACGCAUCGCAGAUGAAUUUAUUAUUAUUAUUGAUUAUUGAAUGAAAAAAAUUUACCUUAAAUAUUUAAGAAGUAUUUUGUAAAAUUUGCGUUGAUACUUUUAUAAUCAUGAAAAACUCACUGUCUUUCCGCAACAAUUUUGAUAUUCUAAUUUAUUAAAAAAUUAUUUUAAGAUAUAGAAUAAAAGAUUAAUAGAAUAAGAUAUAUAGAAUUAAAGGAUUGAUAUAUUGUUAUAAUAUUUUAUCAUGUUUUAUCGCAUAGAAAACUAUUUACAAUGCAGCUACCAUUAAUUUGGAAAUAAAAGAAUUACACGCAAUAUUAUUUUAUAUGCUGUAGAUUGUACUGUUAAUCCUGUUUUAAAGAAUAAAAAACAUAUUUCUUCAAGUAUUUUACACUUGUACAAUGGUUUGCAAAUCAUCAUAGUUAAGAAAAUCAAUUAUUAUUUAUAUAAUAAUACAAUUAUCGUUCAGAUCUCGAAUUUGAGGUACAGCAUCGAAAGCUUUACUUCAAAAAUUGGCAAAAUCAAUGACUUGCGAUACUCUUUCAUAAGUUUUUGCGAUAAUAUAGUUUUGAUGAGUAAUAUACAUCAACAUCAGUCUUGAAACUAAAUAGUUAUUACUCGUGAAGUUGGUAAUAUUCUUUCACUCUGAUUUAACAAUUUGAAUAUUAUUGCUGACCAGUUAAUUGUAAUUACCGAAUCUUCUCGAUAAUUCAUCUGUAAAACUCUAAAUAACAUUUGAAGAAUAUAUCACGGAGUUAAUUUUGACUAAAAUCAAGUAUUUUCGAGAAUUAAAUUAAAAUGCACCAAAAUAUAUAUUUGGUUAAUACGAAUUCUUUACGACAUAAAAAACUUUUAAAAAAGUUUUUGAUUACUGUUGACCAAUUAACAUACACACAGUAGUCCAGCAGCAUUUAUUGGCCCGUUAUGAAAAACUGUUAUUGCAAUCAUUGUAAGAUAUAUUCAUUUAAAGAGCGUUAACUAAUAAAAAUGAAGCUUAUAAAAGGUUUGUUUUAAUUUUUCUACAGAAUUAAAUUUUUUGUUAAUUGUAUUGAGUGUUUGUUAAGUGUUGUAUUAAGUGAAUUGUUGUAUUAAGUAACUAAAAAGUAGCGAAUUCCUACUGGUUUUCUCUGAUUGAGAUCAAGAUUGCAUAACACAAGUACUUUUAUUAUUUUUCGUUUUCAUACUGGAUAAGGUAGCCAUUAAGACAUUAACCAUUGGCAUCAGUCUCGAUAGUAUCUUUUAAAAAUACUGUUAAACAAAAAAUUAACAACGAAUUUCAAGCGAUUUCUUUGAUGUUAGAGCAUCGACGUAUUGCACACGCCUUAUCUACUGUAAAGCAACAUUAUCAUAGUGUUUGUAUUUGAGAUAACGAAGAAUAAUUUUUGCCUUGAAUUUUCCAUUUCUAUUGGUAACUGAACCAUUACUUGCUUUCGCUUUGAGUAUAAUGCUCCUGAUGCAUGUGAGACAACAAUGAGCGCGAGUAUUUCCGAAGCUAUUCACGUUGCAUCCCUUAUCGAUUAAAUAAUAGGUCACAUUUUUAUUUCCACAUUGUGCUGCAACGUGCAUCCCGAUUCGUCUACGAAAUCGCACGGACUUUGAUCUCUUUCAGAAUCGAUUAAACUGCUGAUA